CACAGCAACUGCAGUCUUUGUUUUUGGUUUUAUAUCAAAUCAUUCAAAUGCAAAAUAUGCAAUUUAAAUUUGAUAUAUUUUGUUGUUUCACAAUAUUUUAACGCUGUUCCCUUGUGAGAUUUGAGGAGCUGAAGAUGCUUUUAAUAUUGCAAGCCAAUGAUGGAAAGAUCACAUAGACAGGCCUCAAAAGCCAAAAAUCCAAAGUCUAAUGCUCCAAAAUCAAUUCCAGAUCAGCGUAGUGGAGGUAAAGAGAUUGCGUCAGCUGCUUAUGAUGAAUACUUGUGGUUGUUGCAAAAGAGGAAUCGACUUUUAAAAAGACUAAAGACAAAGGAUGAACAGCAGGUUGCCCUGGAGAAGAAAGAACAAGGUUUUUCUGUUUAUAUCAAUGGCGCAAACAGAGAGUUUCCAAGUCUUCCAACAUCAAGACAAACCAAGACAGCAGACGAGCAUUCUUCAUCCAGAAAAUUGUUAGCAAGUGAGCUUGAGUUAAAUGAGGAUGCAAAGGAGAAAAACAGAGCAAAAACUGCUCCAACUAAACUGACCAGAAAGGAAUGGAAACCAAUGGGUUUCAAAAUCAAAACUGACCAGGGUGAAAAAUUGAAAGUAAAGGUUCCAGGCAACAUAACAGGAAUUUAUAGUGAAGAUUUUGAUGAAGUAGCAGAUGAUGUCAGUGAGAGUGAAGAAUCAGAGAUGAGUGAUGGAGAUAGCGAUGAUGAAGAUGAUGAAGUUCAAGAAUUGUCUUUGAGUUUCAAUGAUGUUCCUAAACUUAGAAGAAGCUUAGAAAGGGACAGUAGAAUACAAGAGAGUAUCCAGACUGUCAUUGAGUGUGACUCCUUUAUCGAAAGUGACGAGGAUAAACCACUUGAUGCUCUUGCUCUCAAGGACAUUGAGGAUGAAGAUGAGAUAGAAGAGGAUAUCAAAGAUGAUGAUGAUGAACAUGAAGAGAUAGAAGAGGAUAUUGAGACUGCUGAUACAAGCCUUGACUUAAGAGAUGUUCUUAAAGAUGUUCCACAGUUGAGGGGAAGUUAUGUGAUAUAUGAGGACACAGCGGACGAAGCUUUGCGAUCAGCCAGACCUGUGAUUGGUCAGAAUAUAAAACCUGAGGAAGACACAAUUGUUCUGUCGUUUUCUAAAGCUUCAAACACCCGUGGACCGCAGCCGUUGUCAAAAACUUCACGGAAGAAACAAGAGUCUGGUUUAGUUCACAGUUCUCAGGAUGUUUUCAACGCUGUUGCAUUGGAGAACAACCAAGCUGAAUUUUAUAGAGAUUCUUCAAAGCGUACAGGUCAUUCCGGUAAAAUAGAUACAUCGAAAACAGGCAGUGAAUUGACCAAUCCGAUAAGCGAUGAAACGGUCGCCAUGGUUACGAAGAAAGUCCGCACUAUGAACGCUAGUCAACAGAAACAGCUGAUGGAUCUGUUAGCGAAGUUGGAUCCAACUGCCGCAGAAAGUAUCUCAGCUGCCACGAGAGUGCAGCCAUCAAUUGCGUUUGGGUCUUCAGAAUCAUCACCAACACAAUCUUUGUCACCAAGAGAAGAUGUUGGCUCAUCCAGAGAAGAUCUUUGGGAAAUCAGGGAGGCACCGUUAUUGGAUAAAAACAACUUCUUGGAAGUGCUUUUAGAAAUACGAUCGAACUGGGGCCACCCUUCAGAUGUUGGCCUCACGGAGGUCCAGUUUUUCGACAAAAAUGGUUUGCUUAUAAAUGUCCCCAAAAAUGAAAUCAGUUCAUCAAACAAAGACAGAUUCGAAACCUCUUUAUCAAAUCUGGUCAUUGGAAAAACAAAGACUACCAAUGGCAGAUUUAUGUGGAAGUGUCCGUACACAACGGGGGAAGUGAUCUCCUUGACAUUUAAAGUACCGUGCGAGUGGGAGGCUGGGGAGCACAACAUAAGCAGGAUCAAAGUUUGGAAUUAUAACAAGAAAAUGAAGGACUUGAGUAUUGGGGCUAAGGAAGUGAGAAUUUUCACAAGCGGAAGUUUGGCCUGGGAUGGUGUCAUUGAUAAGGGUUGUGGCAAUCAGAUAUACGAUUAUGCCGAAGAGAUUAAUUUGAAAUCCACCAGAGAGAAUCGAGGAAAUACUGAGGGACACGAUUCUGACAUGGUUGUUCAUCGUGAGUCGCCCACGUUUCAUCCUGGUGAAGAUGCACCUAGAUCUCCCGAUAUUGUCAUAGAUUCAUCCAUCAUAAUGCCCUCACGAAACAAAGGACCAAAACCAAUUUUACAAUCAGAUGGAUCUCGUGAGAUUGCCAUGGAGGAUAAAGAUGAAAUUUCACACGCGGAACAACUCUUGAAACUCACGGAUGACUGUUUACGUCAUUAUAGGACGGAAACCUUUAAAUUUCCAAAGAAACCACCUUGGUUGGACGAAAUGAAGGAUAAACGAUCUUCCUCAAGUCGUGUUCAAUCCACUCAUCCACAUACUCCUGUAAACUGGUUAGAUCAACCAGAAAAUGAUAAAAGAAAAGACCUGGAAUCCGGGAUUGCAGACGAUCUUAGCCUGUUGGAGCAACCCAGGACUCGUUCAAGGCCGACGAGUGGACGACGGAGCAGUCGAAACCAGACUCCUGACAGUUCAAAGAGCUCAAGAAGAACAACUCCUCGUCCUGAAAGCGGCAGACGCAGUGUGGAACAAACACAAGAACCCUUGGAAUUACACGAACAACUAACAAAACUAUGUGUUGGGGAUGCAUCAUCACCUGAAGAGAAUCCUGUUGAACAAGAAAAAUGGCUGGAGGAAUCUCUCAACUCUCUCUCGCAGUUCAGACGCUGUCACCAAGGAAGGAUAACGCCUUCGAAUAAAAUUGAAAUCGAUCGUCAAGGAGAUGCCCUCGAUGAUAUACUUAGACAAAGUGAAGAUGAGAAUGAAAACUCCAGUCCGACGGAUGAUUUCAUCAUUCCUGAGCUGCCAACGGGUCGACGUCUUGUCAUAAACAUUCUCACAACCUGGGGAGAUCAAUACUAUGUGGGUUUGAACGGUAUUGAGGUGUUCAGCAGCUCUGGUAAACCUGUGCAAAUUUCGAAGAUAACCGCCGAUCCUUCAGACAUCAACAUUCUUCCGGAAUACAGCAAGGAUCCACGAGUUGUGUCGAACCUGAUUGAUGGAGUGUAUUUUACCAGGGAUGACAUGCACCUGUGGUUGGCUCCAUUCACUGAGGGAAGAAAUCAUCUUAUUACUAUGGAUUUCAAAGAUUCCUCAACAUUGGCUAUGAUACGAAUAUGGAACUACAAUAAAUCCAGAAUCCAUUCAUUUCGUGGUGUCAAAGAUGUCGAGAUUUUUCUAGAUGACAAUUUGAUCUUUCGAGGAGAGAUGGCGAGAGCGAGUGGAGAGCUUGGAUCAUCGGAGACGUUCGGAGAUACGAUCCUGUUUACAGUAAAUGAAGAGAUUCUUGAAGCAAUGGCUGCCAAUGAUCAGACGUACGAACCAGACAUUGACGAUGACGAGGAUUUCUUACAGACAAGUAAUAACUUCAGACGACCCGUGACCGCUGACACUGGUGCUGAGAUGGAAUCGUUAGAAAGGCCAUUUACCUGCCCCAAAGAACGGAGAAAGCCAACGUUGGAAGCCACGUAUCCAAAUAAAGUUAUUGAAGAAGACUUUACUGAUGGAUUCGUCGACGAGGGUAGCGGGAACGUUUUUGGACAAGUCCUGGAGUUAAACCUGGUCGAGACGUGGGGUGAUAUAUAUUACCUUGGUCUGUCAGGACUACAAAUUCUUGGUAGCCAAGGCGAGAUCAUUGAUAUCACAUUAGAUAUGCUCCAGGCGUGUCCAAAGGAUCUCAAUGAUUUACCAGAAUAUGAAGAUGAUGAUCGGACAUUAGACAAGUUAUUGGAUGGUGUUAACGUGACGAUGUCAGACGAACACAUGUGGCUGAUUCCAUUCGUUCUUGGGGAAAAUCAUCUUCUUACAGUCAGUUUAAAACAACCAAUGGAGAUCACUGGACUGCGUGUGUGGAACUACAAUAAAUCGCCUGAGAGCACUUAUAGAGGGGUUAAAAGAAUAUAUGUGAAACUUGAUGGGCGAAAACUCGGAAACAAAGAAGGAAUUUUAGUCAGAAAAGGUCCUGGUCAUUGCAACUUUGAUUUUGGUCAAGAGAUCUCAUUCGUAAAGUCGCCGAGGAAACCUGAAAUAAAACAAGUUUAUACACCAACUCAAAACAAAGGCGACUGUGAACUUACAGUUAAACCUUGUGGCUUCGUGUUUCAGUUCCAGCUGUUCGGAUCAUGGGGUGAUCCAUAUUAUCUUGGCCUCAAUGGCUUGCAGUUUUUUGAUGAAGAUGGGAAACUUAUUGAACUAAGUCAGAAGAAUGUCACAGCAUACCCUGACAGUGUCAAUGUGUUAGAAGGAGUAAAGGAUGAUGUGAGAACACCAGCAAAAUUAAUCGACGGAAUCAAUGACACUGACGAUGGCAGACACAUGUGGUUGGCUCCUGUCUUUCCAGGAAUGACUAACUUAUUAUACGUGGUAUUCGACCAGCCGACCACAAUAUCAAUGAUCAAACUCUGGAAUUAUCGCAAAACACCAAUUCGUGGAGUUCGACAAUUUUCGAUUCUUGUUGAUGACUUGCUGGUGUUCAAUGGUAUUCUUCCUCAAGUACCAACAGGAUCCAGAGGCAUUCUACCAAACAUGAAUAUCCCAGUGCCGCAUGCUGCUAUCCUGUUCACAGAUGAUGAAACUAUCAGAAGAAAGGAGAAGUCUUUUGUUAUCAAUGGUGGCGGAUUUUUUGAGAGUCAGGAAGUGGCUUUGGUGAAUGACAAGAGAGAUUUUCAAGAUUUUCAGGAAGAAAAGAAAAAUAAAGAAGUUGAUCAAGCUAUGCGUCCAAAAACCAGCGUGACUCAUUUCUCUCGAACAAGGAGAUGACGGAAGAAAACUUUCAUAAACUGAACAUAUUAAUGUACAUUGUAAAUAUAUUAUUCAGCAAAACAUACAUAUUAUUUAUAGCUAGAUAAAUAUUCUAAUAAUUUUUAUUUGUUGUAUAUAUAACAUGUAAAUCCAAUAUA